AUGGUGGAGAGGGCCAAGGUGUUGGAGAAGAACCUGGCAGAGGCGGAACGGCACAAGAAACAGCAAACAGUAAGGGGGCCGACUGUCUCAAGGGGAAAUGUUAAUCAGAGAGGAUCCCCUUACGCUCGUCCAGCAGUCAACGCGAGUGGAUCCCAAGCCUUGGCUACUGUCGGCCAGUCUGUACAGCCAAGGAGUGUGGCAUGUUUCCAGUGUGGAGGACCACACCUGAGGUGGGCUUGUCCUCAACUGAAUGGGGGAAAAUACUGCACUAAAUGCAGAAGGAAUGGGCACUUGGAGAACGAGUGCUAUGUGGGAGGACGUGCGGCAAUGAGGCCGCCGAACGCUGGAAGAGCCCAACAAGGAAGAGGUGGACGUGCACAAGCUACAGGAAGAGUUUAUGCAAUUACGGGUGCUGAAGCUGCUCGAUCAGGUACGCUCAUCACCAGCACUUGCUUCUUGUUUGGAAAACCGUGUGUAGUGUUGUAUGAUUCGGGGGCAACUCAUUCCUUCAUCUCGAAGGCAUGCGUUGAGAAACUGGGACUAGUGGAGAGUGAAUUACAGUUCGACUUGGUGGUGUCAACCCCAGCGGCUGGUGGGAUUAAGACGUCUACAGCUUGUGUGAGAUGUCCAAUAGAAGUUGAGGGGCGUAGAUAUAAGGUCAAUCUCAUUUGCUUACCCCUUCAAGACUUAGAAGUAAUUUUGGGGAUGGAUUGGUUGGCUACAAAUCGGAUCCUCAUUGAUUGUGGAAAGAAGGAGUUGGUCUUCCCAGGUGAAGAAGAGGAGGAGUUAUCUGUUGAUCGCGGACAGUUAAGGAAGAUAUCAUGGAAGGAGCGAGCUGUUUUCUGA